CUAAUAAGUUCCUAUAAUUCAUAAGAAGAUUGUUUAUAACGAAGCAAAGAUUUAAUUAAGUAUUUAGUAAAUAAUGUUUAUUUCAAGAUAUUCUAAGGUUUACGAAGCAACCGAAGGCGAGAUGAAAGCGGAUGCUUCGCACAGUUACUUCCAAGGACAUAAGUGUUGCCUUCCACCAGACAAGAUAUCCACUUACGAAAUACAUUGCAGUCGUUUUAGGAAAUUUAUUCUUAACCUUAUAUCGGUGCACGCCGGAGACGUCAGAGCCAAAAAUAUGUUCAGGUCUUACGCAGCUUUAUGUAUGGAAAGACAACGACAGUUCAAGCAUUAUCCGUUCUCCAUCCAUCCGUAUAGCAGGGUGCGACUGUGGCUGGAAGCUUUAUUUGUUGUUAUCAUGCUGUUGUCUAACAUCGGCAUUGCUGUUUUGAUCAGUAGAACUGAACCUAACGUACACGAUUACUUUAGUACUGCAGUCAAGGCUUUAGAUUUCUUCUAUAUCUUCAAUGUUUUCUUUAAUUUUUUCACCGGCUAUAUAGAAGGCAAUACUUGUCAACGAGUAGUGUUAGAUCUUAGGAAGAUCGCUAGGAAGUACGCUUGCACUUGGCUCCUCGUUGAUGUGACGUCAUCUUUGACUUGUCUGGAUUUGUUCUACGAAACUCGCAACGUUGUAGUCUGCCUUGUGUUGGGAUCUCUGAAGAUAUUAAGAAUGCUGACUCUUUAUAUGUACGUGAAGAAUUUGGUCACGGUACUGAAAAUCGGGAUCCUAUCACGGACUCUAGUAGAAUCGAGUCUAUUUAUUUUGUCAUAUUUGACGUGGAACGUGUAUUUCCAAUUUAUGGUGGAGUAUAUGCAAGAACAAUGCUAUACGCCGGUACAUCCAAGAAAUUGUUCAUGGUUGUCGAUAGGAAAACUAUGGAAUCAAACAUCGACAACGAGAUUUGUUUAUUCUUUUGAUAGAGCUGUGGGCAUGUUACGAGGCAACGCUAACUUGAAUCUUUUAAAAACCGAAGGAUGUUUUGAAAACUUUUUUAUAGUGGCCUGGGUAAUUGCUAAGAUUAUAGUUUUACACUGCGCUUUCAAAUACAUAAUUGCACUCUUCGGGUCUGAGUCCGCGCGAGCCAAGUACUUCAUGAUGCAGCAGCAAAUAGAAACAUACAUGAACCAGAGGAAGUAUCCCUCAAACAUCAAGAAGAAAAUCAUCAAGUUCUACUCUCUACGGUUCCAGUCUCACUUCUUUGUUGAGUCUCGCAUGAUGUCUUGUGUGUCUGGGCAGUUGCGUGAAGACUUGAUAAUGUACAGUGGUCGUCAGUUGAUGAGAGAUGUGGCCUUUCUGAAGCAUAUACCCCGAGCUCUGCUGUUGGAAGUGGGCUUGAGAUUACAGAUGGUGUUAUUUAUUGCAGGCGAUGUUAUAAUGAAGAUAAAUACAAUUGGUGACUGUAUGUUCUUUAUUGACAAAGGUACAGUCGCGAUCUACUCUGAAUCUGGUAGGGAAGUGUGUCAUUUAGAAGAUGGAGAUUUCUUCGGGGACAUUGCUCUAACAAUGAAACACAAACUACGAACAGCUACUGCUGUAGCUGUCACCAAUUGUGAACUAUUUAAAUUGAAUAAAGAAGACUUUGAUAGUACAAUAGCUUGCUAUCCAACUGUUUAUGAAGAGAUUGAGAAAGUUGCGGCAAGCAGAUUAGAAAGAACUCAAGUGUUAGACGAACAUCAUAAGGCGGAGAGUAAGAUGCUUCACAAUUAUGAAAACAUGUAAUUAAUUAUAAUUUCAAUUUGUUAAUAUGGAUACAUAAAUAUGGAUAUCAUUCAGUACUUCCAACAUUCGCAAAUACUAUGAUCUAUAUAUAUUAAUAAACGUUGGAGUGUCUGCAUGUGA